AUGGCGGCGACCGUGGCGGUGAAGGAUGUUAACACUUUUCUCAGCCAAAAGCAAAAUGUUGCCGACAAGGAGCUCGCCGCGGAGUGGGCGCAGCUCGAGGAGCUGUACGGCAAACGGCUUUGGCAUCAGCUGACACUGAAGCUGGAGACGUUUGUGAAGAGUCCGGUGCUCCAGCAAGGGGAUAAUCUCGUGCAGCUCUACGUCAACUUCCUGUCGACCUUCGAGAACAAAAUAAACCCAUUGUCAUUGGUGGAGAUACUGGCGCACGUGAUACAGCAGUUCCAGGAUAAGCAAGAGGCGAUUAAAUUCCUGGAGAAGACAGAGUCAAAGGUCCAGAGCAACAAUGAGGCUGUCGCCCUUUGUAAGGUUCUCAAAGGACAGAUUCUGCUGGAUAAACUGAACAAUCAGGAGCAAGCGAAGAAGAUCAUAGAGGAAGUGGAAGCUAUGUUGGAUAACGCCGAUGGCGUUACAACGGUUCAUGGACGUUUUUAUCUUCUCGCCAGCCGGCUGUACAGAUUACAGGGCAAACACGCCGAAUAUUAUCGUACAGCGUUAAGAUAUCUAGGUUGCAUCGAAUUGAGCAGCUUGAGCAGACAAGAGCAAGAACAGCACGCCUUCUUUCUCGGUCUUGCGGCGCUUUUGGGCGAAGGCGUCUACAAUCUCGGAGAAUUACUAGCACAUCCAGUCUUGGAGUCGUUAAAGGGCACGCCGAACAACUGGCUCGUCGAUCUGUUGCAAGCCUUCAACGCUGGCGAUAUCGUCGCGUUAGAGAGAUUGAAGCCGCAAUGGAGUAAAGUGGCCGAUUUAGCGGCGCAGGAAUUAAAAUUGAGACAGAAGAUCUCGUUGCUCUGUCUCAUGGAAAUGACUUUCAAGCGGCAAGCCAACAAUCGACAACUGACAUUCACGGAGAUCUCUCAGGAGACACGUCUACCUCUCGGCGAAGUUGAAUUGCUGGUGAUGAAAGCUCUCGCCCAGGGACUCGUACGAGGUGCUAUAGAUCAAGUGGCGGGUACUGUCAAUAUGACCUGGGUACAACCGCGCGUCCUAGAUCGCAGCCAAAUCGCCGGAAUGGUACAGCGCCUCGAUGGAUGGUGCAAGGAUGUUAGCUCGAUGGAGAAACUCUUGGAGUCAAGAGCCACUGAAAUCCUCACUCUCUGAGAGUAUAGACCACUUUCGAUUUACUCAUUUGUUGUGUCAGCAGAAUGUUGGUUCGCGUAUUCAUAAUUAUAAAAUCAGUUUCUUAACAUGUGUGUCACCAAUAAAUAUGAACGAUUACUUCUUUA